GAGGCACAGGACUCAUGCUGUCCUCCAGCACACCCACACACAGACAGUGAGAGCAAGAAGACAGAGAAGGGGAGAGAGAGAGAGAGUGAAACAGACAGAGAGACCUGAACAGAAAAGAAAGCAAAUAAAAACGGAAGGAUUUUUUUCUGCUGAUUUCUCCUGAGGAGCUGCAAAUAACCCUCGGAGAAGGAUGGCAGACGGAGACGGCGGAGAGGAGGAGAUCCAGUUCCUGAGGACUGGUGAUCUGGUGGUGCUGCAGUGCUCUGCAACUGUUCUGAAGGAGCACAUCAAGAUGUGCCUCUCCUGUGAGGGCUUUGGGAACAGACUCUGUUUUCUGGAGACCACAUCUAAUGCUCAGAAAGUUCCCCCCGACCUGGCGAUCUGUACCUUCGUCCUGGAGCAGUCCCUCUCCGUGCGAGCUCUACAGGAGAUGCUGGCCAACAGGGUGGACAUGUCUGAGUCAUCGCAAGGAGGAGGCAAUCGGACACUCCUUUAUGGCCAUGCCAUCCUGCUGAGGCACUAUCACUCUGCCAUGUACCUCAGUUGCUUGACCACAUCACGCUCACUCACAGAUAAGCUGGCCUUUGAUGUGGGCCUGCAGGAAGACUCCACAGGUGAGGCAUGUUGGUGGACCAUCCACCCUGCUUCCAAACAGAGGUCAGAGGGUGAGAAGGUCAGGGUAGGUGAUGACCUCAUCCUGGUCAGCGUGUCGUCCGAGAGAUACCUGCAUCUGUCCGUUGCCAGUGGUGACCUUAUGGUGGACGCAUCCUUCAUGCAGACGCUCUGGAACAUGAACCCAGUCUGCUCGGGGCAUGAACUUGCAGAAGGUUUUGUAACAGGAGGACAGGUCCUCCGAUUGUUCCAUGGCCACAUGGAUGAGUGUUUGGCCAUCCCCCCACCUGACCAAGGAGAGGAGCGCAAGAUUGCUCAAUAUGAGGGGGGUGCUGUUUGCAGUCAGGCCCGUUCUCUCUGGAGACUGGAGCCUCUGAGAAUCAGUUGGAGCGGCAGCCACAUGAAGUGGGGUCAACCCUUCCGUGUGCGUCACAUCACCACUGGACGCUACAUGUGCCUGGAUGAGGAGAAGGGCAUGAUGGUGUUGGACCCAGAGCGGGCAAACACAAAAAUGUCUGCCUUCUGUUUCCGAGUGACAAAGGAGAAAGUGGAAGUAGCAAAGAAGCGUGACGUUGAGGGCAUGGGAACGCCGGAGAUCAAGUAUGGCGAGUCUUUGUGCUUUAUGCAGCACGUGUCCACAGGACUGUGGCUCACAUACGCUGCCCUGGACGCCAAAGCUGCCCGUCUGGGAAACCUCCAGAGAAGGGCUAUACUGCACCAGGAAGGUCAUAUGGACGACGCAGUGUCUUUGUCUCGAUCUCAAGUAGAGGAGUCUCAGGCUUCUAGAAUGAUCUACAGCACUAUAGGCCUCUUUAGAGUCUUCAACAAGGGUUUGGACUCUCUCAGUGGGAAGAACAAAUCCCCUGGCAGCGUGUCCCUGCCGCUGGACGCCGUCAUCCUCUCCCUGCAGGACCUCAUCUUCUACUUCCACCCUCCUGAUGAAGAGCUGGAGCACGAGGAGAAACAGACCAAACUGCGCUCGCUCCGCAACCGCCAGAAUCUCUUCCAAGAAGAGGGUAUGAUCACCAUUGUCCUGGAAUGUAUCGACCGUUUGAAUGUGUACAACACUGCUGCCCACUUCUCUGAGUUUGCUGGUGAAGAGGCUGCAGAGUCAUGGAAGGAGAUUGUCAACUUGCUGUAUGAGCUGCUGGCCUCUUUGAUCAGAGGAAACCGUUCAAACUGUGCCCUGUUUUGCGAUAAUCUGGACUGGCUGGUUAGCAAACUGGAUCGCCUUGAAGCUUCCUCUGGUAUUUUGGAGGUGUUGUAUUGCAUUCUGAUUGAGAGUCCUGAAGUUCUGAACAUAAUCCAGGAGAACCACAUCAAGUCAAUCAUCUCUCUCCUGGACAAACAUGGUCGCAAUCAUAAGGUUCUGGAUGUGUUACGCUCUCUGUGUGUGUGUAACGGUGUAGCUGUGAGGUCCAAUCAGAACCUCAUCACAGAAAAUCUGCUUCCUGGUCGUGACUUGCUGCUGCAGACCAACAUAGUUAAUUAUGUAACCAGUGUUCGACCCAACAUUUUCCUGGGGACGUGUGAGGGAUCCACCCAAUAUAAGAAGUGGUACUUUGAGGUGAUGGUGGACUACGUGGAGUCCUUUGUGACUGCACAGUCCUCCCACCUGCGCGUGGGCUGGGCCAUGACUGAGGGCUAUAGCCCUUACCCUGGUGGUGGAGAAGGCUGGGGAGGCAAUGGAGUUGGAGAUGAUCUUUACUCUUAUGGCUUUGAUGGCAUACAUCUGUGGUCUGGACAUGUCGCUCGCCAGGUGGCAUCACCUGGACAGCACACGCUGGCAGCCGAUGACGUGAUCAGCUGCUGUCUGGACCUGUGUGUUCCAAGCAUCUCCUUCCGCAUCAACGGCCAUCCUGUGCAGGGCAUGUUUGAGAACUUCAACCUGGAUGGCCUCUUCUUCCCAGUCAUCAGCUUCUCAGCGGGAGUCAAGGCACGCUUCCUUUUGGGUGGCCGUCAUGGGGACUUCAAGUUCCUGCCUCCCCCAGGAUAUGCCCCGUGCUACGAAGCCCUGCUUCCCAAAGAGAGGAUGCGCAUUGAGCCCAUUAAAGAGUACAAGCACGACUUUGAAGGGGUGCGCAACCUGCUGGGCCCAACACAGUCCCUCUCCCACACCUCCUUCACUCCAUGUCCAGUGGACACUGCCCAGAUUGUGUUACCUCCUCACCUGGAGCGAAUCCGGGAGAAGCUGGCUGAGAACAUCCAUGAGCUCUGGGCAGUGACGCGCAUUGAGCAGGGCUGGACUUAUGGAGUGUUCAGGGAUGAUAAUAAGAAGCUACACCCCUGUCUGGUGGAUUUCCAGAGUUUGCCAGAGCCAGAACGGAACUACAACCUCCAGAUGUCUGGAGAAACUCUCAAAACACUACUUGCUCUGGGCUGCCACGUAGGCAUGGGGGAUGAAAAAGCAGAGGAGAAUCUGAAGAAGAUCAAGCUUCCAAAAACUUACGUGAUGACAAAUGGAUUCAAGCCUGGCCCACUAGACCUGGGUCACGUCAAACUGACCCCCAAUCAGAACCAGCUGGUAGAGAAGCUAGCAGAAAAUGGACACAAUGUUUGGGCGAGGGACCGUGUGAGGCAGGGUUGGACCUACAGCAUAGUCCAGGACAUCAUGAAUAAGCGUAACCCUCGUCUGGUGCCUUACAACCUGCUGGACGAGAGAACUAAGAAAACCAACCGGGACAGUGUGAACAAUGCAGUCCGCACUCUCAUUGGAUACGGAUACAACAUUGAGCCGCCUGACCAGGAGAGCACCGGUCAUGGAAUUGAUAACUCUCGUGGAGAUAAGGUGCGCAUCUUCCGUGCCGAAAAAAACUACGUGGCGACCCAGGGCAAAUGGUACUUUGAGUUUGAGGCGGUGACCACGGGGGAGAUGAGAGUCGGCUGGGCCAGACCCAACGUGCGGGCGGACACGGACCUGGGGGCAGACGAGCUGGCCUAUGUCUUCAAUGGAAGCAGAGCUCAGAAGUGGCACAUCGGAAAUGAGUCGUUUGGUCGCCAGUGGCAAUCUGGCGACGUGGUUGGUUGUAUGAUCGACCUGGUGGAGAUGAACAUCAUGUUCACACUGAAUGGGGAAAUGCUUAUGUCUGACUCUGGCUCUGAGAUGGCCUUUAAAGACAUAGAAGUUGGAGAGGGCUUCAUUCCUGUCUGUACACUGGGCUUGUCCCAGGUGGGCCGCAUCAACCUCGGUCAGAAUGUUAGCAGUCUGCGCUACUUCACCAUUUGUGGUCUUCAGGAGGGCUUUGAGCCCUUUGCCAUCAACAUGAAGAGAGACAUCACCAUGUGGUUCAGCAAGAGCCUGCCUCAGUUUGUGCCUGUUCCCGCUGAUCAUAACCACAUAGAGGUGUCGAGCGUAGAUGGCACAGUAGACAGUGCCCCCUGUCUGAAGGUGACUCACAAGACCUUUGGCUCCCAGAACGCCAACACUGACAUGAUGUUCUUCAGACUGAGCAUGCCCGUGGAGUUCCACGAGAUCUUCAAGGUGCCAGCUGGCACCACGCCUCUUACCCGAGCCCUCACCAUUCCCGAGGAUGAGGUGCUGGAGAUCGACCCCGACUCCGAGUACGAGCUUCUGAAGAAGUCAGCCAGUCGGAAGGAACAGGAUGAGAAAGACAAGGAGGCGUCAGUCCCCAAGGACUCGGCCAGUGUCAAGGAGAAGGAGGACACUGUCUCAGAGAAAGGAAAGAAGAAAGGUUUCUUGUUCAAGGCAAAGAAAGCUGCUAUGAACACGGCAGCACCUCCUGCCCCUCCACCAACUGUGCCCCGAUUGGUGGAGGAUGUGGUCCCUGAUGAGCGAGACGACCCAGAAAUCAUCCAAAACACCACCACUUACUACUAUUCCGUGCGCGUGUUUGCUGGCCAGGAGCCCAGUGGCGUGUGGGUGGGCUGGGUCACCCCUGACUUCCAUAUGUAUGACCUCAACUUUGACCUCAGCAAAGUGCGCAACGUCACUGUGACAGUUGGAGACGAUAAGGGCAACAUUCAUGACAGUAUGAAGCGCAGUAACUGCUACAUGGUAUGGGGAGGGGAAUUUGGGAGCAGCAACCAGCAAACUCGUUUUAGCCAAGAAGACCUAGUCAUUGGCUGCCUGGUUGACCUGGCAACAGGUCUCAUGACUUUCACAGGCAAUGGUAAAGAGAUCAACACCUUCUACCAGGUGGAACCAAACACCAAACUGUUCCCAGCAGUGUUUUCUGUGCCUUCGAGCCAAAACAUGCUGCAGAUUGAGCUUGGCAAGCUGAAGAACAUCAUGCCCAUCUCGGCGGCCAUGUUCCGCAGCGAUCGCAGGAACCCCGUGCCUCAGUGUCCUCCUCGGCUCAUUGUGGAGAUGCUGACGCCGGUCAUCUGGAGUCGCAUGCCCAACCACUUCCUGAAGCCCGAGGUGGCGCGCGUGAGCGAGCGCAUGGGCUGGAUGGUGGAGUGCACCGAGCCCCUCACCAUGAUGGCCCUGCAUAUCCCCGAGGAGAACAGGUGUAUAGAUAUCUUGGAGCUGUCGGAGCGGCUGGACCUGUUGAAGUUCCACUACCACACGCUCAUGCUGUACUGCGCCGUGUGCGCUCUGGGGAACAACCGCGUGGCCCACGCGCUCUGCAGCCACGUGGACGAGUCCCAGCUCUUCUACGCCAUCGAGAACACCUACCUGCCGGGGCCUCUGCGCAGUGGCUACUACGACCUGUUGAUCAGCACCCACCUGGAGUCGGCCAAGCGUAAUCGCCUGGGCACCAACAGGGAGUUCAUCGUGCCCAUGACCCAGGAGACCCUCAGCAUUACUCUGUACCCAAGCGAGGACAAGUCCCACGCGCUGCCUGGCGUAGGCCUCACCACCUGUCUCAGGCCAAAGCUGCACUUCUCCGACAUCAACUUUGUGGGCACCAACCCAGACAUCUACACCCUCAGUCCUGUCUUCCCUUUACAGGACCUUAAGACCAGGGCCCUGAGCAUGCUUACAGAGGCUGUGACUGAUGGCAGUCAGGCCAUGCGUGAUCCUGUGGGCGGGAGCGUGGAGUUCCACUUCGUCCCCAUCCUGAAGCUGAUCAGCACUCUGCUCAUCAUGGGCAUCUUCAAUAACGAGGACACCAUGCACAUCCUCAAGAUGAUCGACCCCAGUGUCUUCGGCCCAAAUGCGGAGGAAGAGGAGGAGGCGGCCGAAGAGGAGGGAGAGACCAAGGAGGAGGGUGAGGAGGCCAAAGAGGAGGAGGAGACUGCGGCAGCUGAAGAUCAGGUGGAUGAAGGGGUCGGUGAAGAGGAGGAGGAGGAGGAGGCCGAGCUGAAGGACUUGGACAAGGAGGAGGAGGAAGAGGAGGAGAAGGCAGGGGAGGCGGGAGGUGGAGAAAAGGUAGAUAGAGAGAAGGCAGAGGAAGAGAAGGAAGUGGAGGACACUGGAGAGGCGGAGCCAAAGGAGGAGGAGGAGUGUCCUGAGGAGGGACUUCUUCAAAUGACAUUACCGGAGUCUGUCAAACUGCAGAUGUGCACCCUGCUGGAGUACUUCUGUGACUGUGAGCUCAGACACAGGGUGGAGGCCAUUGUGGCAUUCUCUGAUCAGUUUGUGCACAACGUGCAGUCCAACCAGCGGGAGCGCUACAACGAGCUCAUGAGGGCGUUCACCAUGUCUGCCGCCGAGACCGCUCGCAAGACGCGCGAAUUCCGCUCCCCCCCACAGGAGCAGGUGAUCCUGUUGACCAAUUUCAAGCAUGGUCCAGAGGAAGAGGAGUGCCCUGUCCCAGACGAUUUUCGGGAAAGUCUUCAGGAGUUCCACAAUGACCUGCUAGCCCACUGUGGUGUGCACGUGGAGGAGGAGGAGGAGGAGGAGGAGGUGGACACCUCCCUGAGCGGGAGGCUCCUGAGUCUGCUGGAGAAGGUGAAGAGCUUGCGCAAGAAGGACGAAGUGGUGGAGGAAGAACCGGAGGAGGAGCCCAAACCCAGCACUCUCCAGGAGCUCAUCUCUCACACCAUGAUCCACUGGGUGCAGGAGUCCUUCAUCCAGAACCCCGAGCUGGUGCGGCAAAUGUUCAGCCUGCUGCACCGGCAGUACGACGGCCUCGGGGAGCUGAUCCGCGCCCUGCCCAAGGCCUACGUCAUCAACGCCGUCUCCGUGCAGGACACCAUGGAGCUGCUGGAGUGCCUGGGCCAGAUCCGCUCCCUGCUCAUCGUCCAGAUGGGCCCCGAAGAGGAGAGACUCAUGAUUCAGAGCAUUGGAAACAUCAUGAACAACAAGGUGUUCUACCAACACCCUAACCUGAUGAGAGCUUUGGGAAUGCAUGAAACCGUCAUGGAAGUCAUGGUCAAUGUGCUAGGAGGUGGUGGAGACUCAAAGGAGAUUCGAUUCCCUCAAAUGGUGACCAACUGCUGUCGUUUCCUGUGCUACUUCUGUCGCAUUAGCCGUCAGAACCAGCGCUCCAUGUUCGACCACCUCUCUUACCUGCUGCAGAACAGUGGCAUCGGCUUAGGCAUGCGUGGAUCCACGCCCCUGGAUGUGGCUGCUGCAUCAUGUAUUGACAACAAUGAACUGGCCUUGGCUUUGCAGGAGCAAGACUUGGAAAUGGUUGUGACAUACCUGGCUGGUUGCGGCUUGCAGAGCUGUCCCAUGUUGUUGUCUAAAGGCUACCCUGAUAUUGGCUGGAAUCCUGUUGGUGGAGAGAGAUACUUGGACUUCUUGCGUUUCGCUGUCUUUGUCAAUGGAGAGAGCGUGGAGGAGAACGCCAAUGUGGUGGUCCGACUCCUCAUCCGCCGGCCUGAGUGCUUCGGCCCGGCCCUGAGAGGUGAGGGUGGUGCUGGCCUGCUGGCGGCCAUUGAAGAGGCCAUCAAGAUCUCUGAGGAUCCGGCCAGGGAUGGACCCACCAUCAAGAAAGACAGGCGCUUCAUGUUUGGUGGUGAACAGCUGGAGGAGAACAGGGUGCACCUGGGAAACGCCAUCAUGUCUUUCUACUCCGCUCUGAUUGACCUGCUGGGGCGCUGUGCUCCAGAGAUGCACUUAAUUCAGUCGGCCAAAGGUGAAGCUCUGAGGAUCAGGGCAAUUCUGAGGUCUCUGGUUCCCAUUGAAGACCUUGUUGGAGUUAUCAGUCUGUCUGUCCAGAUCCCCACGUUCGGAAAAGAGGGUCAGAUUGUGGAGCCAAAGAUGUCAGCCAGUUUUGUGCCAGACCACAAGGCAUCCAUGGUGCUGUUCCUGGACAGAGUCUAUGGCAUCGAAAACCAGGACUUCCUGUUGCACGUCCUGGAAGUCGGCUUCCUGCCUGAUAUGAGGGCCUGUGCUUCACUAGACACGGCUGCAUUCAGCACCACGGAGAUGGCUUUGGCCCUGAACCGUUACCUGUGCUCAGCUGUGCUGCCCCUCCUCACCAAGUGUGCCCCACUCUUUGCGGGCACUGACCACCGUGCCAUCAUGAUCGACUCCAUGCUGCACACCAUCUACAGGCUGUCCCGAGGCCGCGCCCUCACCAAGGCCCAGAGGGACGUCAUCGAGGACUGCCUCAUGUCCCUCUGCAAAUACCUACGGCCAUCAAUGCUACAGCACUUGUUGAGGAGAUUGGUAUUUGAUGUUCCCAUCCUUAAUGAGUACGCUAAAAUGCCCCUUAAGCUGCUGACCAAUCACUACGAGCGCUGCUGGAAGUAUUACUGCCUGCCAAACGGAUGGGCCAAUUUCGGCGUCACCUCUGAGGAGGAGCUGCAUCUCUCUCGCAAGCUUUUCUGGGGCAUCUUUGAGUCCCUAGCACACAAGAAAUUUGAUGCGGAGCUCUUUAAGAUCGCCAUGCCCUGCAUUUGUGCCAUUGGUGGCGCCAUCCCUCCAGACUAUGUGGACGCUGCCUACUCUCACACUGAGAAGAAGGCGUCCGUUGAUGCCGAGGGCAACUUUGAUCCUCGGCCAAUGGAGACCACAAACACCAUAAUACCAGAGAGGCUGGACGCCUUCAUCAACAAAUUUGCUGAACAUACUCAUGACAAGUGGGCCUUUGAGAAGGCUCAAAAUAACUGGAGUUAUGGUGAGGUGUUGGAUGAAAAUGCCAAGACACAUCCUAUGUUGCGACCUUACAAGACGUUCUCUGAGAAGGAUAAAGAGAUCUACCGCUGGCCCAUCAAAGAGUCCGUUAAAGCUAUGCUUGCGUGGGAGUGGACAAUAGAGAAGGCCAGGGAGGGUGAGGAGGAGGUGGAGAAGAAAGCCUCCACCAGGAAGGUGUCCCAUACAGCACAGGCAACCUAUGACCCCAGCCAUGGAUACAACCCACAGCCUAUAGAUUUACUUGGCAUGGCACUCUCCAGGGAACUUCAGUCCAUGGCUGAGCAGUUGGCUGAGAACUAUCACAACACCUGGGGCAGAAAGAAGAAAAUGGAACUCCAAGCCAAAGGGGGUGGCAGCCAUCCUCUGCUUGUGCCUUAUGAUACCCUGACGGCCAAGGAGAAAGCCCGCGAUCGUGAGAAGGCCCAGGAUCUGCUCAAGUUCCUUCAGCUCAAUGGCUAUGCUGUCACCAGAGGUUUGAAAGACAUGGAGCAGGAGAUCUCUUCUAUUGAGAAACGCUUUGUCUAUGGUUUUCUGCAGAAGCUUCUGAAAUGGAUGGAAAUUGCCCAAGAGUUUAUUGCUCAUUUAGAGGCUGUCGUGAGCAGUGGCAGAGUGGAGAAAUCACCCCAUGAACAGGAGAUCAAAUUCUUUGCAAAGAUCCUGUUGCCUUUAGUCAACCAGUACUUUAAGAACCACUGCCUCUACUUCCUCUCCACCCCUGCCAAGAUCCUUGGCAGCGGAGGUCAUGCCUCUAACAAAGAGAAAGAGAUGAUUGCCAGUAUCUUCUGUAAGUUGGCUGCUCUGGUGAGGCACAGAGUUAACCUUUUUGGAACGGAUGCAGCCGCCGUGGUCAACUGCCUUCAUAUCCUGGCAAGGUCUCUUGAUGCAAGGACUGUGAUGAAGUCGGGGCCUGAGAUUGUGAAGGCAGGAUUGCGCUCAUUCUUUGAGAGUGCCGCUGACGACAUAGAGAAGAUGGUGGAGAAUCUGAAACUAGGCAAAGUGUCCAGCCGCAACCAGGUGAAAGGUGUAUCCCAGAACAUCAACUACACCACCAUUGCCCUGCUGCCUGUGCUGACCUCCCUGUUUGACCACAUCGCCCAGCAUCAGUUUGGAGACGAUGUCAUUUUGGAUGAUCUGCAGAUAUCUUGCUAUCGCCUCUUGUGCAGUAUCUAUUCAAUUGGCACGGUCAAGACUUCCCACGCAGAACAGCAAAGACCAGCUCUUGGCGAGUGUCUGGCUCACCUGGCUGCAGCCAUGCCUGUCGCGUACCUGGAGUCCCAUCUCAAUGAGUUCAAUGGAUACUCAGUGUACACCACCAAGACACCAAGAGAAAGAGCCAUUCUGGGCCUGCCCAAUGAGGUCCAGGAGCUGUGUCCGGAUAUCCCUGAGCUGGACAUCCUGAUGAAGGAGAUUGGAGACCUGGCCGAGUCUGGGGCUCGCUACACAGAGAUGCCCCACGUCAUUGAGAUCACACUGCCCAUGCUCUGCAACUACCUGCCCCGCUGGUGGGAGAGAGGCCCGGAGAAUUACCCUGAGCUGGACGGUCAGCUCUGCACUGACGUUACCUCUGACCAGCUCAACCAGCUGCUGGGUAGCAUCAUGAAGAUUGUGGUCAACAACCUGGGUAUUGACGAGGCCUCCUGGAUGAAGAGAUUGGCCGUGUUCACUCAGCCCAUCGUGAGCCGAGCCAAACCUGAGAUGCUCAAAUCCCACUUCAUCCCCACCAUGGAGAAGCUGAAGAAGAGGUGUGGGAAGGUGGUGGCCGAGGAGGAUCACCUGCGCAUGGAGGGCAAGAGUGAGGUGGACGAUGAGGGCAGCACCAUCAGAGACGAGUUUGCUGUGCUCUGCAGAGACCUGUACGCUCUCUACCCGCUGCUCAUCCGAUAUGUAGACAACAACAGGGCCAGAUGGUUGACUAAUCCCGACCCUGAUGCCGAGGAUCUUUUCAGGAUGGUCGGAGAGGUUUUCAUCUUCUGGUCAAAGUCUCACAAUUUCAAAAGAGAGGAGCAAAACUUUGUUGUGAUGAACGAGAUCAACAACAUGUCUUUCCUCACAGCAGACAGCAAGAGCAAGAUGAGCAAGGCGGGGGAUGGAGAGAGUGGAGGCUCCGAUCAGGAGCGCGCCAAGAAGAAGAAGCGCGGGGACCGCUACUCUGUACAGACCUCUCUCAUUGUAGCUGCUCUGAAGAAGCUGCUCCCUAUCGGCCUCAACAUGUGCUCACCUGCAGACCAGGAGCUCAUUAACCUGGCCAAAAUCCGUUACUCUCUGAAAGACACAGACGAGGAGGUGAGGGAGUUCCUGCAGGACAACCUGCACCUCCAGGGCAAGGUUGAGGACCCGUCUAUGCGCUGGCAGAUGGCUCUAUACAAAGAGACCUCUGGUAAGGCAGAGGAUGCUGAGGAUCCAGAGAAGGUGGUGAAAAGAGUACAGGAAGUGUCUGCUGUUCUCUACCAUAUUGAAGUGACGGAGCAUCCGUUUAAGUCCAAGAAGAUGGUGUGGCACAAGCUGCUGUCUAAACAGAGGCGCAGAGCUGUGGUGGCCUGCUUUAGGAUGACCCCACUCUACAAUGUGCCCAGACACAGGGCCUCCAACAUGUUCCUGGAUGGGUAUAAGCGUAACUGGAUCAUGACUGAAGGCUACUCGUUUGAGGACAGGAUGAUAGAUGAUCUGUCGAAAGCAAUGGAGGUGGAGGAGGAAGAAGAGGAGGAGACAGAGGCCAAGCCCGACCCCCUGCACCAGCUGAUUCUGCAUUUCAGCCGCACUGCUCUCACCGAGAAAACCAAACUUGAUGUAGAUCAUCUAUACAUGGCAUAUGCCGAUAUUAUGGCAAAGAGCUGCCACAUUGGUGAGGAGGACGAAGAGGUUGAGGAGGGGGGAGAGGAGCAAGCCUUUGAGGUGCGACAGACAGAGAUGGAGAAAGAGAUGGAGAAGCAGAGGCUGUUGUACCAGCAGUCACGCCUGCACGACCGCGGAGGGGCAGAGAUGGUGCUGCAGAUGAUCAGCGCGUGCAAAGGUGAGACGGGAGUCAUGGUGUCCUCUACUCUCAAACUUGGCAUCUCAAUCCUCAAUGGAGGCAACAGUGAUGUUCAGACUAGAAUGUUGGAUUACCUGAAGGACAAAAAGGAUGUGGGCUUCUUCCUGAGCCUGCAGGCACUCAUGCAGACCUGCAGUGUUUUGGACCUGAAUGCUUUUGAGAGACAGAACAAGGCAGAAGGGCUUGGAAUGGUGUCUGAAGAGGGAACAGCUAUGAAGCUAGAACGUGAGGAGAAAGUGAUGGCGGACGCAGAGUUCACCUGUGACCUUUUCCGCUUCCUCCAGCUGCUGUGUGAAGGUCACAAUAAUGAUUUCCAGAAUUAUCUCCGUACCCAGACUGGUAGCACAACAACCAUCAACAUCAUUAUCUGCACGGUUGAUUACCUGCUUAGACUGCAGGAAUCCAUCAGUGACUUCUACUGGUACUAUUCUGGCAAGGAUAUCAUGGACGAGCCAGGCAAGAGGAAUUUCUCCAAAGCUAUGACUGUGGCCAAGCAAGUGUUUAACAGCUUAACAGAGUACAUCCAGGGCCCCUGCACUGGUAAUCAGCAGUCGUUGGCUCACAGCAGGCUGUGGGACGCUGUGGUGGGCUUCUUACAUGUGUUUGCUCACAUGAUGAUGAAACUGGCUCAGGACUCUAGUCAGAUCGGACUUCUGAAAGAGCUACUUGACCUCCAGAAGGACAUGGUGGUGAUGCUGCUCUCCCUUCUUGAGGGCAACAUUGUCAAUGGCACAAUCGCUCGCCAGAUGGUGGACAUGCUGGUGGAGUCCUCCAGUAAUGUGGAGAUGAUUCUCAAGUUCUUCGAUAUGUUCCUGAAGCUGAAGGACAUUGUUGCCUCUGAUGCCUUCAUGGACUAUGUGACAGACCCACGUGGUUUGAUCUCCAAGAAGGAUUUCUCCAAAGCCAUGGACAGCCAGAAGCAGUAUUCACCAUCCGAGAUUCAGUUCCUGCUCUCUUGUUCUGAAGCAGAUGAAAAUGAAAUGAUUAACUUUGAGGAGUUUGCGGACCGUUUCCAGGAGCCAGCCAAGGACAUUGGCUUCAAUAUUGCCGUUUUGCUCACUAAUCUAUCAGAGCAUGUCCCUCAUGAUACUCGCCUGCAGAACUUCCUGGAACAGGCCGAGAGUGUCCUUAACUACUUCCGCCCCUUCCUGGGCCGUAUCGAGAUCAUGGGGGCCAGCAGGAAGAUUGAGCGUAUUUACUUUGAGAUUAGUGAGGCCAACCGCAACCAGUGGGAGAUGCCCCAGGUCCGAGAGUCCAAGCGACAGUUCAUCUUUGAUGUGGUUAACGAGGGUGGCGAGUCAGAGAAGAUGGAGCUCUUUGUCAACUUCUGUGAGGACACAAUCUUUGAGAUGAACAUUGCCUCGCAGAUUUCUGAGCCCGAGGGGGAAGAGAACGGGGAUGAGGACAGCGAAGACGAAGAGGAGGGAGGAGGUGGCGAGGCUGGGGCUGGAGAGGGGGAGGAGGCCAACGGAGAGGAGGCGCCCCCUGAGUCCAGCUCCGCCUUCGCAGACUUCAUCAAGAGUGUGGUCAACUUCUUCAACAUGUUCACCUUCCGCAACCUGCGAAGACGCUACCGCAAGCUAAGGAAGAUGACCAUAAAGGAGAUGAUAGUUGGCCUGUUUACAUUCUUCUAUACCAUCAUAAUGGGCAUCCUCCACUUCAUCUACAGUGUGUGCCGUGGCUUGUUCCUCCUCAUCUGGAAUUCGUUGUUCGGUGGCGGCCUGGUGGAGGGAGCCAAGAAGAUAACGGUGACGGAGAUCCUAGCCAGCAUGCCUGAUCCUACACAGGACGAGGUGCAUGGCGACCUUCCUCCUGAACCUGGGGCUCGGAGAGUGCAGGAGGACGGCGGUUUAGAGGACGAUGCAGCCGGAGGCGAGGAAGAGGAGGAGGAAGGCAAGGAGGCAGAUGGAGGAGGGCGUCCUGGCUUUGAUGCACCUGGUGGACUUGGAGACAUGGGGGAGACGGAGCCAGAGGAGCCUCCUACUCCCGAGGGCACACCACUGCUCAAGAGGAAACUUUUUGCCGCUGAUGGAGAGGGAGAACCAGAGCCAGAGCCUGAACCAGAGCCUGCUGUAGAGGAAGCUCCUGCAGAACCCGAGAAGUCCGACACGGAAAAUGGUGAGAAGACGGAUAAGGACGCUGAGGCUGAGCCAGCUGAAGAGGAGCCAGCGGAGAAAAAAGUGAAAGCCAAACCCAAAAAAGCAGAACCAGAGGAGCAAGGUUUUGAGCUCUGGAAUGAGCUUGAAAUCCAGAGAAUCAAAUUUAUGAACUAUCUAUCUAGGAACUUCUACAAUCUUCGCAUGUUGGCUCUUUUCAUUGCAUUCGCUAUCAAUUUCAUCCUCCUGUUCUACAAGGUGGCAGAAGGUUCCCUUGAUGACGAUGUCGAGGAGUUUGAGGGUUCUGCUGUGUUUGAGGGCUCUGGCCUCUUUGAGGGUUCUGGGGGUGAGGAUGAAGGCUCUGGCAUGGAGGAUGGUGGCGAUGACGACGACGAUGAAGGCUAUGUGUACUUUGUUUUAGAGGAGAGCACUGGGUACAUGACACCGGUGUUGUCCUUCCUGUCCAUCGUUCACACCAUCAUCUCGUUCCUCUGCAUCAUUGGAUACAACUGUCUCAAGGUCCCCCUGGUCAUCUUUAAACGGGAGAAGGAGCUGGCCCGCAGUGUGGAGUUUGAUGGACUCUACGUCACUGAGCAGCCUGAGGAUGAUGACAUCAAGGGCCAGUGGGAUAGGCUUGUCCUCAACACACCGUCAUUCCCCAACAACUACUGGGACAAAUUUGUUAAGAGAAAGGCUCUGGACAAAUAUGGAGACAUCUAUGGUAGAGAGAGAAUUGCUGAACUUCUUGGCAUGGAUCUGGCUUCCCUUGAUGUGAGCGCACAGCAGCAAGAGAAGAAAGCUGAGCCAGAUACCUCCCUGAUCGCCCGGAUCACCUCAUUCGACAUCAAGUACCAGCUCUGGAAGAUGGGUGUGGUGUUUACAGACAAUACCUUCCAGUACUUGGUGUGGUAUAUGGUGAUGUCUAUGUUGGGACACUACAAUAACUUCUUCUUUGCCUGCCACUUGCUGGACAUCGCUAUGGGAGUCAAAACACUGCGCACCAUUCUGUCCUCUGUCACUCACAACGGCAAACAGCUCAUGAUGACUGUGGGCCUCCUUGCGGUGGUGGUGUACCUGUACACUGUGGUGGCCUUCAACUUCUUCCGAAAGUUCUACAACAUGAGUGAAGACGAGGAUGAACCAGACAUGAAGUGUGACGACAUGAUGACUUGCUACCUGUUCCACAUGUAUGUGGGUGUGAGGGCUGGCGGUGGCAUUGGUGAUGAGAUCGAGGACCCGGCUGGCGAUGAAUACGAGCUCUACCGCGUGGUCUUUGACAUCACCUUCUUCUUCUUCGUCAUCGUCAUCCUGCUCGCCAUCAUCCAGGGUCUGAUCAUUGAUGCCUUUGGUGAGCUGAGAGACCAGCAGGAGCAGGUCAGAGAGGACAUGGAGACAAAGUGCUUCAUCUGUGGAAUCGGGAGUGACUACUUUGAUACGACUCCGCAUGGCUUUGAGACGCACACACUGGAGGAACACAAUUUAGCCAACUACAUGUUCUUCUUGAUGUAUUUAAUCAACAAAGAUGAAACGGAGCACACUGGACAGGAGUCCUAUGUAUGGAAGCAGUACCAGGAAAGAUGCUGGGACUUCUUCCCAGCUGGAGACUGUUUCAGGAAACAGUAUGAGGAUCAACUAGGUUAAUGGUCAUUUGGAAAGCGUAUAUGUUUUGGAGAAGGAGGCAAAGCAGUAGACCAAAGAGGAAUAAAGGAAUAAACACCUAGCUUGUAAAUGAAGCUCAAGUGUGUCAGUGAGAGACGUUACACCAAACACUAACAAAGGAUGCCGAGAACACACCUUUUUACAGAACCCUUCAAAACACCUUGUAUUAUUCAUGACAACUCAGAUGGAGGAUGAGCCCAGCUGAUCUUCAGUCCAACUUCACCCUCACUUUAACACGCCAUCGUCGCUCCCACCUUAAGUUGCUGCUGAUUGUAGUCCAUCACAGUGCCUACUAGUUGUUUUUUAUAAAGCAGACUAUGGACAGACACAAAAGUGCUUCAUUAUCAGUAUGACUAGUGCUAGAAUGGUAAUUAUAGCUUUGCUCUUUUUAUUAGAUCUAAUACUACACACUGUAGUUCUAGUUUUUAAUCCAAUUGUAACUAAUGCUAGUUUUAUAGUUUUAUUUGUUUCUUUUUGUCGUUUGUGAUAUUGUCCCCUUUGCCUGACUGAUUACAAGUGUUAAGUAUUUGUAUGACAAAAAGGACAUGAUUGAGGCUGAUAACCCCUGCCUGGCACUUGACUCUCUCUCAGAAGAAGAACAUAUGCAGCCACUAGCAGGCCCAUGAUUGUGUCUCCUCUAGGAAAGAUAGGAUCCACCUUUGAGAUCUCUGGAGCCGACUAUCAUUUUGGAAUGCAUAUUGAUGUAAGUAAUACCUGUUUAAAUAGGUACAACUCGAUGGAAGAAACCAGUUUGCACUCUAAUGUCUUAUAAUGUGGUGUGACUCUCAUCACGCUCAUCCAAGUGUCUAUAAUGGAAUAAUGAUCAACUUUAGCACAAAAGAGUUCUUCAGAGUUGCAAUGUGAAAAACAGCCCCUGACUGUGUCCUCACUGAAGAUUUAUAAAUUCACAUUGCAGAGAUUAACGGAUGUCUUUAAUUAUGUACUGAAGGGCAGUGAAUCCAAUGUCAUAUAUUCAUUGUGGCCAAUGUCAUGCAACAAAACAGAAAUUGUGCUUGGCUUCAUGGAAGUGGUCUGAAGAUAAAGACUGUUUCUUUAAUCAGUACAGAUUUAUCUACCUGGUUUCUUUAGAGCUUUUAAGUAUAAAGCCAUUGUGUUUUCUGCUGAUAAAGGGUUUUUAUCAUAGUUAUUUUCAGCAAAAUGCUCUCUUAUUUUUAUUUAUUGAUUGAUUAAUCUUGAAGGACAAACUACUGGUUGUCAUUUUACAUGAUGUUAAUGACCACCUGAAUGCGUAUACAUAUGCACACUGUCACAGACACACAUCUUUAUUGGGACUUGACCUUGUGUCCAGUCGUUGAGGUGUGCUGGGGCUCAUGAGAUAAUGGCCCAGAGAGAGUAAUGGCAGGACUGGCAAGUAGAGAAAGAGAUUUCUAACUGUGUGCCAUCUGACUUAAACCUGUGUCUCAAAUAAAUAAAUAAAAUGGAUUUCAAUAUUUUAACAGCA